AGAGAAGCAGUGGUAGUUUGUGAAAAGGAGGAGGAAGCAGACAGGUGGUGAGGGAAGCAUAACGAUUUAUUUGACAAGAAACGUGACUGAGAUUCCAAUUGGAUUCCAUUAUUUGGGGCUGAAAUUGAAGGGUUUCCCUGUUCUCCGUCAUAUUCCAUCUUUGAUGUCUUCCAAUUCGUACCGAGGAGGUUCCGCCUACGGUGAUGCCGCCCCUUUCCGAUCCAGAGAGGGGCUUAGCACGAGACCCGCUGCUUCCUCCGAUGAAAUCCAAUUGCGCAUUGAUCCCGUGGACAUGGACUUGGACCACGAAAUCACCGGUCUUCGCGGCCAAGUCAAAAAGUUGAGAAAUGUUGCUCAAGAGAUAGGUACAGAAGUAAAGCAGCAGAAGGAUUUUUUGGAAGAGCUGCAAACAUUGAUGACGAACGCUCAAGCCGGGGUUAAGAAUAAUAUAAGAAGAUUGAACAAGAGCAUUGUUCGAAGUGGUUCAAACCAUGUUGUUCAUGUGGUUUGUUUUGCAUUAAUUUGUUUCUUUGUAGUAUACGCUUGGUCAAAGAUGUUUAGAAAAUGAGGUCACUGUUAGGGGUUAUGAUGCUCCAGUUGAGUUGAAAAAAGAAGCCCUCAGCGUAGGCCUUCUUAAUUAACAUUUUGUUGUAUAGAAAAGCUCCACUAUCCAUCAAAGUGUAACACACUAUAUAGUUGAAAACCUAGACUUUCGAAUUAUAUUUCAGAGGCUCCAUAAUAUUAAUGAUUAAGAUAGCUA